UGAAACCACCAACAGUAUAUAAAGAUGAAAACUAUUGGUUUAUAUCAAAUUUGCUCUCUAACAACAUCAAGCAUAGCUCCAUUUAUUGUAUCGUAAGUUCAUAAUAUAGGAUGAAGUAUUACCUGUUUAUCGUUGCGUUAAUUUUGGCUUAUGUUCAUUAUACCAACGCAGGAGGUUGUUUCUGCUAUAGUCGAGCUGGUACUUAUUGCGGUUUCCAAAGAGAACACGGUUACAUCGGUGGAGAUUGCUCUAGAGAUAAUAUGUACACCUGUCCGGGUGGCAAUGGAGCAUUAGCGGGUUGGGAAGGUAGAUGCAGACGUGGCCGAUGCACUGGAAGUUCUCCUGCUGGUCGGGAUUACUGUAAUCAUGGAAGCGAGAGAGGCAGGAAGAAGAGAUUUGCAGAAUUGAUUGGUCUUAAGAAAGCUUAAUUUAUUUUUAAUGAAUAUAAAAUAACUGUUAUAAUUAGAUAAAAUUUAGAUUUACCUAUUUUGUCAUAAUUAUAGAUUUCUCAUUACAUUUUUUUUUUCUUUUUGCAAUGACUUAACAUAAUGCUCUUCUAUUCGAAAUAUGACGUUAAUUAUUGACAAUUAUUUUGUUUAUAGUGUUUACGUCUUAUUCCGAAUAUAUCGGACGAUUCCAUUCGGUUGUAAUACAGUAUUUUUAAAGUUAAAUUUGUUUUGUAGAUAUUAAAAUGCAUAUAAAAGGAUUAUAA